ACAGCGACACAGAGCGAAGAAGAAAACCAACAACUAGAAGAACAACAACAGAUACAAAACGAGCUUCAUCUUCACAGUCACAAUCAUCAGACUGUUCAAUGUUCUUCGUCUUCUUCUUCUACAGACACAAACACAAAGACAAUUCCGCUCUCUAUUCAUCUGUCUUUCACAGACACAGAAACCAAUACGGAAAUAGUCAUGAAGAAGAAGAAGAGGUUGAAUAAUAGCGGCAGUAACGGCCACCACCACCAUAACGGCGUCGUUUUGGCCAGCCUCAUGUAUCAUUUCCGUCGUAAACGGCGUCUCCACCGCCACCUUUUCCCUCUCCUCUCCGUCAUCUCCGGUUGUUUCCUCCUCCUCUUCGCCGCUUUCUCUCUCCCUCUCCACUCCGUUAACAAUGCGGUGGAGCUCCGGUCGGGUUCGGACUCGGAUCCUUUUCCAGCUUUCAGCGUACCGGCAAGUGAAGGGAGCUUAGGCCGAGAUUUGUGGAGAACGAGUUUCUCCGAGUUGUAUAGAGGUUGCAGUAAUGCCAGCGAUAAGUUUGCAAGGGCUAAUGUGAAAACGAUUCCAAAUCGGUAUUUGUUGAUUGAUGCUAGUGGAGGCUUGAAUCAACAAAGAACAGGGAUAACAGAUGCUGUUGUUGCAGCUUACAUAUUGAAUGCUACUCUUGUUGUUCCCCAACUGGAUCAGAAAUCUUUUUGGAAGGAUACCAGUGAGUUUGCUGAAAUCUUUGAUGUGGACCAAUUUAUCUCCUUUCUUUCAAAAGAUGUUAAAAUUGUUAAAGAUAUUCCGCCAAACGGAGGGAAAGUCUUGAGUCCAUUUACCAUGCGUGUUCCAAGGAAGUGUAAUCCAAAAUGCUACCAGAGCCGUGUUCUGCCUGUUCUUAUAAAAAAGCAUGCUGUUCGGCUCUCUAAGUUUGAUUACAGGCUUUCAAACAAGUUGGGUACUCAAUUACAAAGGCUGAGAUGUAGAGUUAACUACCAUGCUUUAACAUUUACCGAUUCUAUUGUUGAAAUGGGAAAAAAUUUGGUUGGGAGGAUGAGGAUGAAAGGCAAGCAUUUCAUUGCCCUGCAUUUGAGGUUUGAACCUGAUAUGCUUGCAUUUUCUGGAUGCGAUUAUGGUGGGGGAGAAAAAGAAAGAACUGAACUUGGUGAAAUACGGAAGAGGUGGAAAACUUUGCAUACAAGAAACCCUGACAAAGUUCGAAGGCAUGGACGAUGCCCACUCACUCCGGAGGAAGUUGGUCUUAUGCUAAGAGCAUUGGGUUUUGGAAGUGAUGUUCACUUGUAUGUGGCAUCAGGUGAAGUAUAUGGAGGUGAAGAGACAUUGGCACCGCUCAAAGCACUCUUCCCAAAUUUUCAUUCAAAAGAAACUAUAGCCAGCAAGGAGGAGUUGGCUCCAUUUUCAUCAUUUUCUUCUCGUAUGGCUGCACUAGACUUCAUUGUUUGUGAUGAAAGUGAUGUUUUUGUCACCAAUAACAAUGGCAAUAUGGCUAGAAUGUUAGCCGGGCGAAGAAGAUACUUUGGGCACAAACCAACAAUCCGUCCAAAUGCUAAAAAGCUGUACCGGUUGUUCAUGAACCGAAAUAACAUGACAUGGGUAGAGUUUGCCUCCAAAGUUCGAACUUUUCAGAUUGGCUUCAUGGGAGAGCCAAAUGAGGUGAAGCCUGGCACGGGUGAGUUUCAUGAGAACCCUCUAUCAUGCAUAUGUGACAAGUCCGGGAAAAAGGCCAACGUGGUUUUGAUUCCCCAAAAUGAAACUUAUAAUCGCAAUACAAGUGGCAAGGAGGAUAACACAAAUAAAGAUACUGGUGAUGUGACAGACGAGCAGUCAAUGGAGGAUGAGCUAGAAUGGUCCGAUAUGGAUUAUAUGGAGAAUGUAAAUACGCUUCAAGGGAAAGGGUUCCCUAAUGGAACAGAAUCAGAUCCUAAUAUUUCACUUAAACCUGAGCUACCAGAAUUAGCCGAAGAGUUAUUUUCGGACUAAAAUAAAGAAGACUGCAUUCAUUUCCCAUUAAGAUUAGUUAUAUGCUUUACAUAACCCAAUUUUUCUUCAAAUUCUUUGGAUCCUUUUGUUCCCUCUUCCCUGUUCUGCUUCAAUGGGGCAGCUUUUUCAGAUUAAGUGGCCUCUCAUAAGAAACCAAUUUGUGUACAUGAAGCCAUUGGCAGUUGAGCAAAUUAGUGUUUCCAGUUUCUUUAUAUGGCUGCACAUGGGGAUGAGCUGCUCCUCUAUUUAGAUUUAGGAACUUCUUGUACAUUUGACAACUAGGAUAUGUGGCUAAGGACAAUGUUUUGCUUUAUUUGAGGAUUCUUGCCGUAAGGCCGGGGCAGUUAUAUUAUAGAAGGGAA